GUACGCCUUCAGUUUUUUUCCUCAUGACUUUACUUUUCCUAUUUUAACCCUACCGAAAAUUUUAAUCAAAUCGGUCGUCCUUGUUUUCUUAAACGGAAUUUCCACUCGCUUCAAUUUAAUGUGCAGCUCGUUAAAGCCAGCCUGAAAUUUGAAACCCUAACUUGUUUUUCAGGGUUUUCUAUUUUUUAUUUUAGUAUUUAUCAGUCAUUGAAUCUGAAUCAAAAUCAAAUUCGUAAACAUAUGGAAGUUAAAUGUUUUGUUCAAUUCGAUUGAUCCCUAUAUAAAUUCAACUGUUUCGAAGCCUUGAAUUGCUAAAAUUCGGUUGCUGGUUAUCAAAUGGCGGAUCAACAAGAAGAAGAAGACCUGAGAAUGGCUCUACGGAUGAGCAUGCAGAAUUCGCCGCCAGAGCCUAAACGGAGCAAGCCCAGAGACACUGCCAUCUUACCGGCGGCGACAACGCCGGAGGAGAGCCGCCAGUUGCAGCGCGAGCUCAUGGCAGCCGCAGCUGAGAAACGGGUGCUGGCUGCGGCUAAAGCCGCUCCGCCUUCUAGUUCUCAGUCCAAAAACGAAAGAAGUGGAGAUUUCGAAAUGAAAGAGGCAGAAAAGAAAGCCAAAGAAGUUAAUUUAGGGAAUGAAUUGUCAGACAAAGAAGCUCAUCAGUUAUUUGCUAUGGUGUUUGGAACUGGCGUUUCAAAGGAUAUACUUGCUCAGUGGAGCAAUCAGGGUAUAAGAUUUAGCCCUGAUCCAGAAACAUCUAUGGGCCUAGUGCAGCAUGAAGGUGGGCCCUGUGGUGUCUUAGCAACCAUACAAGCAUUUGUUCUUAAACAUCUUCUUUUCUUUCCUGAUGAAUUGGGUAAAGUCGCAGCAAACAUGCCACAGAAUUUGAAUUCCAGGAGAUCCAAAAGUCAAUAUGUUGCGUCAAAUAAUUUUUCUGCUUUUACUGAAGAUGCAAAAGCAAGAGCCCUGGUUAAAAGUAUGAGUGAGAUGUUAUUUUUAUGUGGAAAUAACAAAAGGGCUGUGAUUGCAACUUUAAGUGUUAUUUCCCACGGCAUUGAAGGAUCUGAAGGCAGUUCAAAGGAUGUGAUCAUUGCACAAGCACUUGAAGGUCUUUCAAUUGAGUCUGCUUCUGAUUUGCAGAAAGUUCUGAGAGUAGACAGAUACACAUCACCUACAAGUGCCUUUAAGAGGCUUGAAGCAAUGAUUCCCAUUUUUCAAAGUCGCAUGGGAGCGCUGCUAUUCCUUAUCUCGGCAUUACUUUCUCGAGGAUUGGACUGUGUUCAAGCUGACCGUGAUGAUCCCAGCCAACCCCUAGUAACUGCACCAUUUGGCCAUGCUUCUCAGGAAAUUGUGAACUUAUUGCUCUGCGGGCAAGCUGUUCCAAAUGUAUUUGAUGGGAGGAUGGAUUUAGGUGGUGGCAUGUUUUUGAAGGGUAUAUCUACAAGUGUGGAGGUUGGGUUCCUCACCCUUCUGGAAUCCCUUAAUUUCUGUAAGGUUGGUCAAAAUCUAAAAUGCCCAAAAUGGCCGAUAUGGGUUGUUGGAAGUGAGUCCCAUUAUACUGUCCUGUUUGCUCUGGAUACAGCUGUUCAAGAUGAGAAUGAAUUGGAAGAAAGAGAAUCACAGAUCCGGAAAGCUUUUGAUGCCCAAGAUCAGAGUGGAGGUGGUGGGUUUAUUAGCGUGGAAGCUUUCCAUCAAGUGCUGAGGGAGACAAGUAUCCGACUUCCAUCUGAGAAACUUGAUAGCCUCUGCAACUCAGGCUUCAUAGUAUGGAGUGAGUUCUGGCAGGUUAUUUUGGAUUUAGACAAGAACUUGGGAGGUCUUAAGGAUUCAACUGGACAGAUGGGUAGAAAGAUAUUUGAUCUCUACCAUUUUAAUGGGAUUGCAAAAUCAGAUUUGAAUGGCAGCCAAGCAACAACCGAAGGUGAGACUCCGGUACAACGACCCAGGCUUACAAAAUUGAGGGUUUCAGUACCCCCAAGGUGGACUCCUGAGGAAUUUAUGGCUGAUGCAGCGGUUGCCCCUGGUAAUGCAGGGAGUGAAUCAAGUCAGAAAGAUGCAGAAGUAGCUAAACCAGAACAACCUCCCCAGCAUGCACCAUUGGCAGACUGCAUUAGAACACGCUGGCCUCGUGCUGUUUGUAAUUGGAUCGGGGACCCUCCUAGUAUAGUGUGAAUGUAUCGUCUAAGGGAUUCUUACCGUAGUGUUCCUGCUGCUGAGAAACACGCUGGAACGGAAAAGGUGGCAAGAUAGUGGUAAACCUGGUUGAUUGCAAACAAGGAGGUAAGUUAUUUUCCUGGUUUCUUUCUUUUCAGGUUCUGUUGUGUAUUUCCUGUAAUCAUUGACAUUCUACUUCAAUUUUCAUGUGUUAAUUGUUAAACACUGAGGGGAAAAAAAGGAUGAUCUCAUCUCUUACGUCAAUCAAA